CCCGGGCGGCCGAGGGGCUCUACGCGAGCCCGCUAGAAGCCCGAGGCCUCGCUGCUUACCUCCACUCGCCGAAUGCGGGCUCGGAACGGUUACGCGGCCUCCUCCUGCCUCCCUACCGCAUCGCCCUCGCCGAGCCGAUGCUGGUUCCGAACGUCACUCGAAAUCCACAAGGACCCCGAGACGCCAAAUCCCCGCAAAAGUCGGGUCAAAGUCAGCAGCAGGACAGGUCCAACUUUGUCGCGGAGGCCGAAACACACUUUGUGGACUUUUGGAGCUCUCGAGAGCGCGCAGUGCUACAUUGGCGUCGCGGAGCCGCCACGCAGUUGCCCGAGGCGGGGGGAACCGGACCCGGGCCGCGUCGUCGCUCGUACGACGUGCCGAAAACGCCGCCGGAACGUCUUCAACAUGUUCGGAACCAGCAACUGCAACUUCGACUCAAAAGCGACUCCGAGCUCACCAACUAGCUCCGAUGAGCUCGCAGCAGCAGGCCAGCUGCGUGUCCGCGGCGCCUCUGCGGGUCUUGUGCUUGCACGGCUACCGGCAAAACGGCGCCUCGUUCCGGGAGAAAACCGGCGCCCUGAGGAAGCUUCUCAAGAAGAAAGUCAACUUUGUGUACGUGGACGCGCCGCAUUUGCUCGAAGGAGCCCAGGGGAGCGGCGGCGAGGAACCGGAGCGGCGAGGCUGGUGGUUCUCGGACCCCGGCGCCCGGACCUUCAGCGCGCAACAGCGCUGCGAGGAGAGCUCGGGCCUGGACGAGAGCGUGGCGGCGGUGCUGCAGGCGGUGCGCCGCGACGGCCCCUUCGACGGCAUCCUGGGCUUCAGCCAGGGUGCCGCCCUGGCGGCCAUGUUGUGCGCGCUGCAGGAAUCCGGAAGGAAGCCGGACUUGGCCUUCCGCUUCGCCGUCCUGGUCGCCGGCUUCCGCAGCGGGUGCGCUCAGCACCUCAGCUUCUACUCGGCGCCGCUGGCGACGCCGUCACUGCACGUCCUGGGCCUGGACGACGGCGUGAUCCCCGCCGACAUGAGCCGCGACCUCCUCCCGGUUUUCCGAGACCCGCACGUGCUCACACAUCCCGGUGGCCAUUUUGUCCCGGCCGCGUCCGCCCACAGACAAAACUACCAGAACUUUCUGGAGCGAUUCCAGUGACUGGAAGUUCUGGGACGUGGUGCUUCGUUGCGCUCAAUAAAUGAUUUCGUAGCUGA